GUUGAGAGUUAUAGGCAAGGAUACCCUCGGUUCUCGGCCUUGAUGGCCGCACAUGAUGCCUUUCAUAUCUUCAGACGCUUCUCGGGCCUUCGCACACGCCUUCUACUGCUUGCUCAGGACGAAAUAGUCGAUCUAGAAGAGCAGUUAAAUCUAGUUGACCACACCGAAAGGUCACCUCUGUUUCUGGCUUCGCGCCGGGAGGACAAAAACGAGGAGCGAAAAACGAUAAUCUCAAAACUACGUACCAGUCUCUCUGCAUAUGACGAGCUGCUAGAAGGGAGCCAGAGGGCUCUUGCGUAUGAAAGGCCGCAUCAGAAAUACACCUCCAGUCUCCAGCAUUGGCUGGCAGGAAACGCUUGUGUUGCGAGAAAGGAGACAGCCUUUCUGAAAAACGACGAAGACCUGUUGACACUAUCAUCUACGGAGGACGGGGUAGUGAAAUGGCUAGAAAGGACAGUCUGCGACAAGAUUGUGUGUCGUUUGGGAAAGGGGGGUAUUUCAUCGUCGAGAGACCCUCGUGUGCAUAUUUUCCCAAGGUCCUCGACAGUGACAGUAGCAAGAGCGAUUCUCAGUCCCCUGAUCGCGUUUCUUCUGUUGGCUCCAGUGGUCAUAUGUAACCUGAUCGAGAGCAUGGCAGCUAGGUUGGUGGUCAUGGUUGGCGCAACAGUUACUUUUGUCCUUUGUGUGUGUCUCUUGACAAAUGCUAGGACGGUAGACCUGGCCGUGGCUGGCGCGACGUAA